AUGGCUGUUGUUGAUGAAUCAAUCUUUAUGAUGGAUUACGGUAGAGACAGUUGGGUUUACGAUGAAUGUAACACACGUCAUUACCUAUCGCAAUCCAUCAGAAAACAUAUGGCAGCCAGAAGAGUUGUCCACUUAGAUGAGAACAAAUGCAUAUACGUGGACAGAGCCCAUGAACAGAACGAAAGAAAAGAGAGAGUCAACCAACGCUCCCUCAAUACCUCAAACUGA